AUGAAUCCCGUCGAGAGCAGUCUUAUUUGCAUCGUCCAUGGCGGAUGGCAUCAACCACUGCAUUUUCGCCAUCUAAUUGAUGCCCUCACCGCCAGAGGACAUACCGUGGUGUGUCCCCAGCUUGCGACUUCAGGCUACGAUGACGCCAUCCAGGAAAAAACCUAUCGGGAUGAUGUUGCACGCAUACAUGAAUCACUCUUGCCGUACCUUGAUCAAGGAUACAAAGCGUUGGUCAUUGGGCACAGUUUCGGGGGCAUCACCGCCACCGCCGCGACCUGGGGUCAUACCGUCGAGGAACGUACGGCCAAGGGACUCCUGGGCGGGAUCUCGGCCUUGAUUUACAUCUCAGCGUACCCUGAUCAUACCAAACCCAUCCUGUCAAGUGCUUUGGCUGACCCGGAGAAACCCGUGUUUGAUCCUGUGACGCAAAUGUGGACGCAUCAAGGCGCAGCUGAAAUACUGUAUCACGACUCUGACUCUGACAAGCUGCAGCCUGCCCUGGCCCAACUCUUGCGUCUCAGUGGGAAGGCGCUGAUGUGCGAGCCCAUAUGCACAGCUCCGCAGGUGAAAAUUGACAAGUAUUUUCUCCUCAGCAGAAAUGACCGUAUUAUUCCUGCUAAAUACCAACGAGAGUGUGCAGAGUAUGCUAGGGCAGCUAUCACCGAGUUGGAUUGUGGGCAUUCCGCGUUCCUUCGUAGUAGGGAAGUUGAAAGGAUUGUCGACUUUGUCGGAGACGUGUUACGUAAGGUUGGAUAG